AUGAGUGCAAACGGGGAGAAUAGUUGCCAAGUGGGCCACUCAAGGAGUGGUGUUUUUCAUCGAGAUGACAUCGAUGAUGCUAAUAGUAUUUAUAACUCUUCUAACAUGGGCAAGAUGGGUGAAAGUGGCAUGCCACAAGCUGACGGGAAAAACCUAUCUCAAGAAUCCAUACGGUUUUGUUUAUUUCCAUUAUCAUUGACUGGGAGAGCUAUUAAAUGGUUGGUUGAGCAUAACAACAACUCCAUUAAAUCAUGGGAGGAGCUGGUUAUGGCAUUUCAUGAAAGAUUCUUUCCUCCAUCAAGAAUGAUGAAGCAGAGAGACGACAUUCAUAAUUUCAAGCAAAAGGAGGGUGAACCAAUUCACGAGUCAUGGAUAAGGUUCAAGAGAUGUUUACGUAAGUGCCCAACGCAUGGACUGCCAGGUGAAUUGCUGCUCCAAUACUUUUAUCGUAGUCUUGAGUCGGUUAAUAAAGGGAUAGCUGAUCAAUUGGUGCUAGGAGGAAUAAUGUUACAAUCAUUUGAAGUAGCCUCAUUUCUCCUAGAUGGUAUGACUAAAGUAAACCAGGCAUGGUAUACCAAAGAUGAUCAAGUUUCCCCACUAUGCUUCUGGUUAACGCAAGAGCAGAUCAAAAAAGAAAGGGAGAGGGACGAAAACAUCAAGAAAAUGUUAUCUCAAAUGGAAAUCCUACAAGAACAUAUGAACGGGACACGUGGAGUAUUUCGAGUUGAGGAGGGUUCUUCUUCUGGUUACUCAAGACCGGGAGAGAAUCAAGGUUGGAACUCCAGAAGAUACGAGAAAGGUUUCCACCCACGCUAUCAACCGCUGGGUGGGAAUAAAGGUUGGAAUUAUUAUAGUGGCAAAGAACCAAUGAGAUGUUGGCAAGAUGGGGAUGAGCGGGAUGAUCAAGAGGAAGACCAUACUCAUUUGAGUGAAAGCCCGAAAUCUAAAGGGAGUGCAGUAGUCCUCGGUAAAGUGAAUUCUCAUGUUGAUGCCAUCAACAUGCUGGAAGGUAAAUUGAGUCUAUUAUCAGCUCAGUUAACGUCCAAAACACUGAUGGACUAUAGUGAAAGAGAGCUGGCUGUGGUUACCCGUAGCGGUAAAGUGGAAAUAGGGAAUGUGAUGGAAGAUGAGGAUCCUCAAAAACAUGAAGAGGGCCAAGGUGUGGAGGAACAAGAUUUACCUAUUCGACAAAACCUCACUAAAGAACCACAGGAGAAAGCAGAGCAAAAAGUUCAAGCUCCAAAAAUCAUACACCCUUUACCCAAGAUACCUCCACCAUUUCCCCAACGUUUGAAAAAGAAGAAUGAAAAUGCGAAGUUCAAGAAAUUUUUGUCAGUAUUCAAAAGCUUAUCGAUUAACCUCCCUCUGGUAGAAGCAUUGCUGGGAAUGUCGGGAUAUGCCAAAUUAAGGAAAGAACUAGUUACAAAGAAAAGGAGCUUAGACUAUGAAACGAUUGAGGUGCCCCACAGUUGCAGUGCAAUUAUGACAAAUGACUCAAUCACUAAGUGA